UCAGAUCCUUAAUUGCAAGGAACUUCCAGAAUAUCCUCGGAACAUGACUUGUUCAAAGUACAACGUCUACAAACGUAAAGCACCAGGACUGAUCACACAGGCAAUGAUGAUGAUGAAAAACACAUGGAGCUUUACGGUCACAAAACUGGCUCUAGCAUGGGAAAAGAGUUCUGACGGAAUUGGAACUAUGGCUGGUUUAAUGUGGAGAGGACUGAAAGGGUUAUUGGGUUUGGUCGGUAAAAUCUGGAAUGGACUCUUAGGGUUGGUGGAUCAAGUCUGUGAAAUUUGGAGUGGACUGACAGGUUUAGUGGACUGGAUUGUUUCUUGGAUCACACGGUUGGCCAAAGGGAUGUACAGCGGUAGUUUCUGGUUGGCUGAAUCGAUUUGGAACAAUAUCGUAUAUUUGCCACAUCUAAUCUGGAAUGGAACGUUGGGGAUGGCGGAAUGGGUAAAGGAAAAGAUUAUAUGGUUGGCCGAGAUCUCACAGAAAAUUGCUUUAUGGUCAGCUGGGAAAACAUGUAGUGGAUCUAGAUGGUUAGCUGAGUGGACUUGGAUGGAAGCAAAAUGGUCUGCGGAAUGGAUCUGGAAAGUGAUUGAAAGGAGUUGUAAACCAAUUGAACCUGUGUUUGAAUACCUUUGGGAAACAAUUGAAGUUGUCACUCAGUUUUACAAUGAAUAUGUUCACGAACAUGUUAUCAAGAUUCAGAGCCACCUCGUUUUCUCGACCUGGCGUGAAACCGCUUAUACGAUCUCGACCGUCUUGGUUCUGAACUGUGUUGUGGUUACCGUUUACAUGCUGAUUUCGUGGCCUGUAAAGUCGAUCUGGCGAAGAUGGCAAGCUUACAAAGAAUGGAAGGCAGCCGAAGAAGCUUCCUGGAGAUUACCUCCUAGACGUCAGCCACAACCAAAUGAACGAGUCUGGGAAAACCCCAAAAAGAAAAAACUCCACAGAAAUAAAAACGAAUAAAAGACUCCAGACGUUUUUUUCUUUUUUCAUUGGUGACAAACUUUUUUAUGAAAAAUUUGUGUGGAGACAUGGUAAUCCGUUUAUUAAAAUGCAUUCAUAGACUGUUGAGACAGCUUUAGCAGUUUUUAACCGUCAAACUUUUUCCUGCUUUGAUUAUGGAUGGAUGGAUGGCUUUAUUUAAAAAUAAAAAUAAUGACGGAAUUCUAUAAUAGGCAAGAAGUAAUCUUGCUUACUUUGUAUUCCUCCAUUCCAAGAAGCUUAUUAUACUUAACCCUUUCACUGCUAAACUCAUUGCUAAUACUCCUUACUGUCCAGUGUUAUACAAUUCUUAUGAUGUUAGUUCAGAUAAUUUUGUUUUAGAUCCAGUGUUAUUGCCUUCCAGUUUGCGUGAUCCGGGAAAACUACAAAAACAGGAAAUCAUCAAUGUAUAUUCGUGGAGGUCUCGUUUUAAUCUCUUAUUGACAUCAUUAUUUUUAAUAUCUUGAACAAUGACACAGUUUGACAAAUUAAUCGGUGUGCUUAACUAAAAUUCUUCCACUUGAUUAAGCGUCAUAGCGAGUCUACUCUUCUUUAAAUCUCUUCCGGCAGUAAUUAAUUAACGCUUUCUACAAUCUGUUUACUUUACCACCUCUUUGAACUGAAAAGUAAGCCAUGUUAUCUUGAUUUAGUAACUUUAUGGAGCUAAAUCAUGAAACAUAAUAAAUACGAAAUGACAUCAAAUUAGUUUUGGCAGAAAAAAAACACAAUUACUCUAUCUACAACAAUAUUUACACCAACUUAUUACAUGUUUAUUUGCUGCUAAAUGUAGGCGUAUAAUCCGUUGAUGGUACGUAAACAUUGUGGCAUUUUUCAGGUUAUUAAUGUUUACUUUAGACGUAUUGCUGUAAAGUUUAUAACAAUUAACUUACAAUAUGUAAUUUGAACGUUAAUUUACCCCCGACAAAGUUUUUGACAUCCAGUUUCUAGUUAAGGAACUAAAAGAUUGGAAUGUCGGUUUUUCAGCGUUUUCGAUUGUAAUUCUGUACUGAGAAAUUCUAUCACGUAAGAUUAAACAUAAAGGCCGUACUGUAAUUAAGACGGCUGUUCUUAUUCCUUAAAAACUGACAAAAAUGUUACUUUCCAUUUCUUGCCUUCGUCUUAACUUGCCUUUGUUCUUCCUGCUUUCCUCAAGAACUCUGAUGCCAGCGAACAGUCGAUCGCCGAAACUACGGUGCGCCGGCCUCGCAGCACUGAGCAUGUAUAUCACCGUAUCCUGACGUCUUAUUUUCUGUCUGCCCUAACAAAGCCAUCUUUCAGUCCCCGAUCAAAAACAGUCCAUAUUCCAUAUUUAUUUAAGAGGGAAAAAUCCUUCCUUUGGAAACUGGUACAGAUGGUAACUUUCUCCUGGACUUAACAUUUGUAACCUGUUCCUUGUGAACUUCUUGAAAUUCGCGAUCUGUCUUUUGUGCCGGCAAGUCUGCAAUAUAGCAAGGCUGUUCAGAGACACUUAGUGGCUUUGCCAUCUGGUGUUCAUCGCACUGAUAAGAAGCCAUCCGAAAUCGACUCUCUUCUAUGUCACGUAGAUUUUGAAAAAUCAUGCCCAAAGCUUUUUCCAUUUCCUUUUCAUAAUCAAAGGAAGAGCUGCUUUUCUUUCGUACUCGAUCUUUUGCGUCCAUAGUCUCAAAGUUCUGCAUUAAGUUACGCACUGUUGAAGAAGCACCUGACCCUUAUCUCUCACUAGUAACCAAAACUUGAAUCCUAAUUAACUCUUUAUAACCUUUUGUCAGCACGUGUCAACUUUAAAACUUCUGUUUGCCAGUCUUUGAAUUCAGGCUAAAUCAGUGAUAACAAAGUCUUUUCAAAUAUUGUAAAGCAUUUAAGAACACGAAUACUUCCCAUAACUGAAUAUUUCCCAUAUCAAAUUAAACAUGACAGUCACGAUUAAGCCAGAUUAUGUUAACAUCACGCCCACCAAACGCGCGCUACUCGAUCGUGCGUGGAUGCAUGCGAACCAUUGGAAUGCAUCAGUAAAACCAUUCAGUUCUCGCUUAGCAAAGGAUUGGAGUCUAUAUUGUUUUGUCUAGAAAAAUAGUUAAACAAGACAUAGUAAAUAACGCCGUGAGUUUCAUUGUGUGACUGUAAUGUUCGGCUACGCUUAGAUGAUUUAGCACAACAUUAACAGGUUUUCAGAGCCAAGUUUUCAUUAACGUUCCCGGCAUGACAUCUUUGAAGUGUCAAGUAUGUCUUGAGUAAGUAACAUUCCAAAUUAAAUUUGAUUUCCGCUGGUGGAAGUGGAAUGGGGGUUUCCAUGGUGACUUAAGUUGUAUCGUUGGGGACGGGAGAGGCAGGAACUUGUAAGCAGACAAAACGACACAAAAAAACUCAGCAAAUUGAAUAAAUGAAUGAGAGCGAGCCCCACUAGGCAGCCGCAUUCUUGCCAAACACCUAUGUAAUUUCCUAUGAUCUUGUGAUUCGAGGUCAAUUCCCAUUUGGUCUUCCAUGUCUCCAGCGCUCGAGGCCAUCUUCAAAAAAUCCAUCAGGCUCUCAUUUCUAACUCCUGGUAAUGUUCCUAUAUUUUUUCCCGGAUUGGCCGAUAUAAUUAGCCUAUCAUUAUCCAUUACGACAAUAGAGGGGACGGCGAAUUCUUUCUAAUAUGGUUCCUCAAGAGAAUAUGAACAGUUUAUAAUCUUUUUUUUUCAGGUCCUAUUUACAACUACUCGUUUCAGUAGUGUUCUUAGCUGCGAGGAUCUCUUAAUUUCAUCUCUCCACCGCAGUGCAAAUAUAUGAAUUUUCAUAUAUCUAAAAUCUUUAGUUUAUAAUCUCUUAGGUUCCAUCACAAAUUUUCUGUUUACCUACAAAAGCAAUAUGUCAUGUUCCCCUUAUGCAAUCAAAUAGCUUUAAAAAAUGAGGAGAACUUCCCCUCACUAUAAAUGAGCAGAGGAAUACUUUUGUCAAAAAAAAAAAAAUUUGCAGGUUCAUGAUUUAAUGUAUUUAUUCAUGAGGGUAUUUUUAGAUGCCACUCGACUUUUCUGUGGUUUUUAAGUAUUUCACGGUCCUCCAAAUUGUUGCAAAAUAGGACGGCCAUGGCAGUUCAGUUCAGGUCACGUCCACUCGUAUAGCAUUGUUUAAACGAAGACGUUCCUUAAACCUGUAUUUAACUGCAUAAAAAUCACAAGAAAAGGAUUCCAUCGGAUUUCCUGAUCUUCGUACAUCUUCGGGUUUACGAAUUGUGAUACGGUUGGUAAACAGAUCAAUACGUUUAACUACGUGUUUCCGUGUCGGACAGUCGUGAAGCUACAAACACUCACGUCACAGCUUAUCCGUUCAGUGUAUGAUGCCUCUAAUAAUUUUACAUUUAAGCUUUUCUUGUGCAAUUAUACUAGGCAGUUGCGUACCUUCGGGCACGCGUUCAAGGAAUCUGUAAGCGAAAAGCUAUUUACAUUGUACUUACCGCUUAGUUCAAUGAAUUCGUGUGGAGGUCAGAGAAACGUUGUGUCGUAUGACAGAUUACACGCAAUAAAACAUAUUCCAAGAGCUAAAAUACCAUCAACAUGAUUAGUUUCAAUCGGUGAUCUGUUGUGGGCACUAUUUCAAAACCUCAUUCUUGGUUGUCAAGGUGGCUGUUAAAGCCGGUUCAAAAAAAAAAAUUGAAAACCUUUUAACUUCGAAACAGAUUUCCUCAUCAGCUAGUUUGGAACAGUUAACGAGUUUUGUUUUCGCUUCCAAUUCAGUCCGGGAACGAAUGUUCGACUGUAAAAACCGUCCAGGGGUCUGUUUACAGUUCUUUAGCGGACGUUGUACUUCCUGGAGAAAGUUUAGGCUCCAUGUAGACCAAUUUUAUCUCGUUCAUUCUUUACAGCAGAAGACUUAUGAACUGUUGUAACUUGUGCCAGGCGAACUAGCUGCGUAAGUAGCUUUUUUUGAAGUUUCCGUGCCGGCAUUUCGUUCCUUUUUCACCUCUUCACACCUCUGUGGAACACGAACACGCCGAAUUUCCUCUAACGCACGUAAAUUGCAAAAAAUCGAGUUCAAACAUUUCUCCAUUUCUUUUUCGUAGUUCAUUUUUUCAUUAUCCUGAUUGCCAGCUUUGUUCCUUGCAUUCAUGGCCUUGCAAACUAUCAUGGCGUAGAUUCAAAGUUUAAGGUGAGCCAACUUUCCUCAAGCUGUUAUGAUCCGCAUUCACUUUUUAUAUCAACCCUGUCAGUUUUUAGGCUUAAGCUUUCACCUCGGUCCAUUAGUUACAAAUUAAUGUCCUUCAAACUCUACAAAACGUGAAGUGUAAUUAACGUCUAUACGGCGCUGUGCGAUGGUGCAAAAUUCUUGAUGCACGCCAUUGCAGAGCCUCUCUCUUCCCAGUUAAAAAAGUCGAUGCCGUUGUCUUUCUGUAAAAAAAUAAUAAAGCUGCCAUCAAUAAGCAACGAGUUUGUCAAGAUGAACUUUCAAAU